AUGGCAGUGCAAUGCGGAGCAACCGGUACUUUGGACCCUGCACCAGCUCUUCCCCCAGAAGAAGUGGAUGCUGUGAACGCUCUAUUUCAACGUUUGAAGACUCCUUUUUGGGAACUUGACCGUAACUUCUCCGCCGUUGACUGCGGUGUCAAGCUCAAAAAUGAAAUUAUAUGCAACUGUAGCCUUGAGAACCACACGAUUUGCAGAGUGACAGAAAUUGAUUUGUCAAGUCAUGAUCUAGGGGGUCGCAUACCUGCGGAAAUUGGAAAUCUUACUCAUCUAAGACUAUUGGAUUUGAGUGAAAACAAGCUACGGGGCUCGAUUCCUAAAUCAUUUGGAAACCUGUCACAGCUCUGA